GAGCGGGUCUGAACGGAAAGCCCAGAGCUUGACACACCGACCGGCAGCGUGUCAGCUACGAACAUGUCCCCCCCAUGCAUGACGGCACACAAUUUCAUUCCUUGAGACGCAGCAUCUUCACCGCCACCGUCGCUUUUCACACACAGACCUCCCGGUGAUAAUGAGGAAAUAAAAACGUCUCCAGGCACGCCCACCUCCGACCGCUUCCAAAACCAAAAGUCAUCGUUGCAAGUUUUGCCACGACCAAAGUGGGACUUUUCCGCCUGCCCCCCGACCACACCCAAGAGGACAUUCCACCCCCGGCCCCCGUUUGCUUUAUCAAAUGCCCAAAAACAGCAAGGCCGUCAAGAGAGAGCUUGACGACGAUGUCACCGAGUCGGCCAGAGACCUUCUUUCCAACGAGGACGCCUGCGACGAUUCCUUCAAGAAGAGCUCGCUAAUAGUCGGUGGCCAUGACGGCGAGGGCAAGGACUGCGACGUGGAGGAGGGCGGCUCGGACGGCGAGGAGGAGGAGCGCCCGGCCUGGAACAGCAAGCUCCAGUACAUCCUGGCCCAGGUGGGCUUCUCUGUAGGCCUCGGCAACGUCUGGAGGUUCCCCUACCUGUGCCAGAAGAACGGGGGAGGGGCGUACCUGGUGCCCUACUUCAUCCUGCUGGUGCUGAUCGGCAUCCCGCUCUUCUUUCUGGAACUUGCCGUGGGACAACGCAUCCGGCGGGGGAGCAUCGGCGUGUGGAACUACAUUAGCCCCCGCCUGGGGGGCAUCGGCUUUGCGAGCUGCGUGGUGUGCUUCUUCGUGGCGCUCUACUACAACGUCAUCAUCAGCUGGAGUCUCUUCUACUUCUCGCAGUCCUUCCAGCAGCCCCUGCCAUGGCACGAGUGUCCCCUUGUCAAGAACAAGAGCAGCACAUGUAAGAAAAGAGCGAGUCACGGUCCCAGACCGAAGUCCGUCUCGGCGUCAACCUGGUCUUUGUGUGCAGACGUGGUGCCCGAGUGCGAGAAAAGCUCGGCCACCACCUUCUACUGGUACCGCGAGGCCCUGGACAUCUCCGACAGCAUUUCCGAGAGCGGGGGGCUCAAUUGGAGGAUGACGCUAUGCCUCCUGGCCGCCUGGUCCGUGGUGUGCCUGGCCAUGAUCAAGGGAAUCCAAUCGUCCGGGAAGGUGAUGUACUUCAGCUCCUUGUUCCCGUACGUGGUGUUGAUUUGCUUCCUGGUCCGCUCGCUGCUCCUGGAGGGCUCCAUGGACGGCAUCCGCCACAUGUUCACGCCAAAGCUGGAGAUCAUGCUGGAGGCCAAAGUGUGGCGCGAGGCGGCCACGCAGGUCUUCUUCGCGCUGGGCCUGGGCUUCGGCGGCGUCAUCGCCUUCUCCAGCUACAACAAGCGCGACAACAACUGUCACUUCGACGCCGUGCUGGUCUCCUUCAUCAACUUCUUCACCUCCGUGCUGGCCACCCUGGUGGUCUUCGCCGUGCUGGGCUUCAAGGCCAACAUCAUGAUCAGGAAAUGUGUGGCGCUGAACAGCAGAAAGAUGGCGGACCUGUUGGGGAACGGCGUGGAGGAAAGUCUAAUCCCCGGCCACAUCAACCUCAGUCACAGCGGCGGCGUCAGCACCGCCGACUACCAGAUGAUGAUAAACAUCAUCAGGAACGACAACCAGGACCACUUCCCCAACCUGGGGCUGGACUCCUGCAGCAUCGAGGGCGAGCUCAACAAGACGGUCCAGGGUACAGGUCUGGCCUUCAUCGCCUUCACGGAGGCCAUGACCCACUUCCCCGCCUCGCCCUUCUGGUCGGUCAUGUUCUUCCUCAUGCUGGUCAACCUGGGCCUGGGCAGCAUGUUCGGCACCAUCGAGGGCAUCCUCACGCCGCUGGUGGACACCUUCAAAGUGCGCAAGGAGCUCCUGACAGUGGGAUGCUGCGUGCUGGCCUUCUCCAUCGGCCUGAUAUUCGUGCAGCGCUCGGGGAACUACUAUGUCACCAUGUUUGACGACUACUCGGCCACUCUGCCGCUGCUCAUCGUGGUCCUCCUGGAGAACCUGGCCAUCGCCUGGUUCUACGGCAUCGACAAGUUCUUCGAGGACCUGAAGGACAUGUUGGGCUUCAGGCCGUACCGCUUCUACUACUACAUGUGGAAGUUCAUCACACCCAUCCUGCUGCUGGUGCUGCUGUGCUCCAGCCUGGUGCAGCUGGUCAAGGCGCCGCCCGUCUACAACGCCUGGAUCCAGGAAGCGGCCAAGGAACAGGAGUUGCGCUUCCCCACCUGGGCCGUGGUGGUGUGCGUCUCCCUGGUGGUGGUGGCCCUCCUGCCCCUGCCCGUGGUCUUCCUCCUGCGCUUCUUCAACCUCCUGGAGGACGGCGCCGGCGGCAUCUCGGCCGUGUCCUACAAGAAGGGGCGCAUCAUCAAGGAGGUGUCGUGCCCGGGCGAGGACGACGACGCCAGCCUGCUGCGGGCCAAGACGCCCGGCGAGGCGCCGUCGCCGCUGCUGCCCGCUAACAGCAUCUACCGCAAGCAGGGCGCCGCGGCAGCAGGCGACGGCCCCCAGGCGGACGCCGUGCCCAACGGUCGUUACGGAAUCGGUUACCUGAUGGCCGACGUGGCGGACAUGCCCGAGUCGGACUUGUAGGCCCGACGCCCUCGCUUCUAGUCGUCUCGUGCGCGCUCAUCCAUGUUACUGCUCCUAGCGCACAGUCCUGUAGAUAGUCUAGCACCGCCUCCUUUAUCCUCUUCCUGCUUCGCCUUUGUCUCUGAACCUCGCCAUCUUUAGUCCCAGGAACACCUGCACGCCAAACACACCCCUUUCUUUUCUGGCCUGCCAUGGCUAACUUCACCACCAGGUGGAGCUACUCCGCUCUUGCGCUUGCCCUCAUUUGAAUGCAGUGAAGUCAAGUGUGCCCAGUAACGUCACCAACGCCUCCUCGCUGCCCCCUGGUGGUCAAAGUGCGGGUGCUGACUGUGAUGUUGCCCGAGCCAGUGGAGAAUCAUCAGAGCCGGCGCAUCUGUGCAAAGUUAUGUCACCCGAGCCGGCACGGGUGUGCCCAGUGACGUCACCCGAGCCAGCGAAAAUGUUCAAGCUGGUGAUGGCAUACCUGGUGACGUUGCUCGAGCUGAUGAAGGAGUACCCGGUGACAUCACACCGAGCCGGCGUGGGUGUGCCCAGUGACGUCACCCAAGUGGGUGUGGGUGUGCCUAGUGACGAUGCUCGAGCUAAUGAUAGACUACCCAGUGACAUCGCCUGAGCUGGCGCAGGUGUGCCCAGUGACGAUGCUCGAGCUAAUGAUGGAGUACCCAGUGACAUCGCCUGAGCUGCCACGGGUGUGCCUACUGGUGUCGCCCGGGCCGGGCGCAGGUGUGGCCAGUGUCGUCCACCGAGCCUGUGUAGACGAGCCCAGUGA